AUGUCCAAAAAAUCGACCUCGCCGCCGUCGUCGCCAUCGUCAGCCGGCUCGUCGUCCAAGCCCAAAAAACCUGACCCGGCCGUACGCAAGACCAGAUCGAAAACAGGCUGUUUGACAUGCCGAAGACGGCGGGUAAAGUGCGACGAGGCUCGGCCAACGUGUAUGAAUUGCAUCAAGGCUGGCCGCAAAUGCGACUACAACAUGCGACUUUCGUUCCGGUCGGGCCUAUCGUCCAAGCUCAUGCAGCAGAUUGGGAAAACAGAGGUGGGCGAACAAGUGAUGGACUUUUCGGAUACAGAUACCCUGCGGUUUGCACACACGGAAAGCGUGCCGGCCAGCUCACAGCAACCGCCGCUGUAUGUGAACUUUCCCGUCAAGGAGGAGUCACAAUCGGAAGGCAGGCUCGAUCGGGAAGUCCCUAGAUUCCAGGUGGUCAAAAAGGAGGAUCUCGAGCAUGAGUGGAGAGUGGAGACGGUGACGGAGGGAACAGUAACCGAGCUGGCAGACACAACAGAUGAGCACAGAAAACAGACCGGGGAGGUCCCAGUCCAUCAGCAACAGCAGCCUGCCCCUGUGGUUUUCCAGGCCUACGAGCCGGAUUGCAAACAACCAAAGACAGUGGUGGAUGUGCAAGUCGAACAAGUGCCGCCUCUUCAGCGCGACAUGCUGCACUAUGUCCCGUCAGCGACGGAGUCGCCUCUGUCAAACCCCAUCGCCAUCUUCCUGCUCAGAGAGUAUGUGUACAAGCACGGUCAGGGUAUCUCAUGCUACGACAGAUACAACGUGUCUCCUGCGUCGAUCUUCGAUGAUGUCAACCACCACAGCUUGCGGGGCAUUUCAAACUUCUGGACCUUCGAUGUCCCACUGGCAGCUCUCACCUGUGAUUUCUUACUACAUGCCGUGCUAGCUUGGUCGGCCUUGAACCACUCCAUGUUCGCCCCCGAAGACUCACAGUACAAGCUGCUUGGCAUGGAGCAUUACCACACAUCCAUUCAGUUGCUUUCAUCUGAGAUCCGCAUGGGCACCUACAAACACAAUCCAAUGCCUGCUGCUGCCACAUGUUUGAUUCUGGCAUUCUUUGAGACAUAUUGUGGCGAUCUGGGCAACUGGUUUAGACACAUGACCGGUGCCCAUGAGAUCAUCCGAGAAACCACUCUGUCUGAGCUAUCUCAUAUUGGAGAGGUUCACUCCGUUUUCGGCCUCCAGCAGCUGGAGUUGUUGUAUUCAUAUCUCCGUAUGGAUAUCAUGCAUUCUAUAGUGGGUGGAACCGGAACUUUUGCUCCCUGGCAGUUUUGGGCUUCGGUUCCUUCAAGAGUGGCGUCCAACCCUGCAGUCUAUGCAAACGACGAGAUUCUCAAGAUAUUUGCACGAAUCUGUUUCUACAUUGAGGAGGAGAAUGUUCGAAAGCGGGGCGGCACAGUCCAGCAGUCGAAUGAGCGAUUCAACGAGAGUCUCAGCAAGUGGAAAGAGCUCAAAGACAUUAUUGCUCAGUUCAGAAACACAUUUUCUGGUCUUCUGGCACCCCAGCCUCUUCGUGGACCACCGGAACUGUCUCCCUUUGGUCCUAAAUCUAACCGAGCCAGUUACCACCAUGAUCUUGUGGCAGCAUUUCUCGCUACAGCUGAAAUUCUGUUGCAUCGAAUCGAUCCCAACGUGCCCGUGAUGGGAUUUGCAGCAAUUCCGUUCACAGCAAAGGCGUGUAUAGAGCCUAUGCUGGAGGUGAUUCGUAGCCUGCCGGUCUCUCCCAAGUCGUUUAUGGUGUCUGAUAUUUACACCACCGACCAGACCGGUAUAUGUCUGAGUCACGGUGAAAAGCUGCAGAUACUAUGCUCUUUCACCGUGCCUUUCUUCUUGGCAGCUGUUCAGGUGAUGGAGCCUGCUCAGCAUGAGUUUGUUGCCUGCUGGUUUCAGGAUAUGUACCAGAGUACUGGUUUCAAGACUGCUCUGAUUAUCAAGAACUCGCUGCUUCGAGGAUGGUCCGAUGCGCGAAAACGAAUGGCUGCGCGAUCUGCUUCUGCCUCUCCCGCGUCUGCUUCUGAGUCGCCCGAGAGCGUGGUUUCCCCCGAGUCUUCCACCUCUUCUGUUACAGAGGGCAAACCCCGAAUCCGGAUGGAUAAUGGUACGUUAAUGGGCUACGAUGGCAAGCCUGUGGACUCGGUGUCUGAUCCAGCCAACCGGGUGAGAUUUGCGCAUGGAGUUCUUGGGGACACGACGGAGAUGAUACAGAAGUUGAAACUGAGCGAGAGUGAGAGUGAUGGCCACAGUCCCCAGUCGCAGCAGGAGCACCUGUGA